ACCGAACCGAACAGUUAACCGAACUGGAAAGCAUGCGGUCCUCGGUCCACCCUCGUGUGAACCGUGACGAGUCACAUUAAAAAUGUGAUGUGACGUGGCGAACUCGUAGCCGUUGGAUAAACCGACAAUUAAAAACGAGUCCACGGUAAGAAAUUUACGCCGCCGCAUACUUACCGCUCCCACUUCAAAGGUCGGGAAAUUGCUUGUCUUGUUGGAGGAAACUUUCUUCGUACGAGGAUCUGACUGUACUCCGCGCGGGAGAAUUGGCGCGUGAAGUCUCACUCUCCGGCGAUCGUUGUCUCCGGUGGGAGUGCGUAUCUGAGUCGUGUUGCGAAUCCACGGGAUUUUCUUGAGAAGAAGACUAGGAUGAAGUCUAGAAGCCAAGGCAGGAGCGGUAGACUUGCAGAGGCAUCGGGAGAAGGGGUGAGCAAGGUCCUCAGACGAACAAGCGCACGUGGCUGUCGGGGCAAGAAGAGACAAGAUGAUAAUGUCGAGCAAUGUGAUGUGGCCAGUGACCAAAGGCAAAAUGGGAAAGGAAAACAAGCUGCUGAGACACGAUUAACUGAUAACGCUUUAGAAGGCAUGGGAUGCAGUAGUAAAAGUGGAAACUCAUUUGCGGGCGGUGAUGAUGAUGAAAUUAAUGAUUCAGACUGGGAGGAAUGUUCAAUUCCCAGUCUGGAUCAUACUGUCAAUGCUUCCGUCGACGACAUACGAGAGUUGAGGAUAGAAUUUGAUGGUGUACCAGAUGCUAAGAGCCAGAAGCAUGUUUAUCGUGCAACUGCUGAAGACAAGGAACGUGCAGAGCUUGUCCAUAAGGUUCAUUUGCUCAGUCUACUUGCCAGAGGAAGGAUAGUAGACAAAGCUUGCGAUGAUCCACUAAUUCAGGCGUCCUUGCUUUCACUUCUACCAUCAUAUUUGUCGAAAGUGUCAGUCUUCUCAAAAAUCACUGUUAAGGAUAUCGCUCCUCUUCUCCGUUGGUUUCGCGGCGUCUUUUCUGUCAGAGACGAACUCCGUUCUGGGAAAUCUUUCAGUUCUUCCCUGGCCUUUGCUUUUGAAUCCCGUCAAGGCACAACUGAAGAGCUUGCAGCAUUGACUGUUGCUUUAUUUAGAGCAUUGAAGCUCACAACUCGGUUUGUAUCUAUUCUUGAUGUUGCCUCCUUAAAACCAGGGGUCGAUAAGGAUGAAUCUUCUGGUCAAAACAGAAAUAAAAUGAAUCUUGGGAUAUUUGGUACUUCAACUCUUAUGGUCUCAACAUCCCCCGUCAAAUCUGAAAACGAAAAGCUCCGGGAAAAAUCUAAAAAAGAUUCAGCAAUGCGAAAGGAUGACUGCUCAACGAGCAACAAGAAUACCCAGCCAAGCUUCUCAAUCGGCACUAACCCCCAGUGCGAACUUCCUCCAAGUUCGAAUCAGUUUAAAGAUAAAAUGGAUUCAUCAUCUGAAGCAGAAACAUGCUGCAAACCUGAUGGAACAAGGAGGAAAGGGGACCUUGAGUUCGAGAUGCAAUUAGCCAUGGCUCUUGCUGCUACUGCAGCUGCUAAUACACAAGAUGCCCCCCGAUCAGAUGAGAAAAGCUUGAGUAGCAGUUCAUCUAAAGCAACAAAAAAGAUAGAAAAUGCAUCUGUGUCUGACCAAGUAAUAUCCACUGCAGUUGGUUCUAAAAAAGUGGGUUCUCCCCUCUAUUGGGCUGAAGUAUAUUGCAAUGGAGAGAACAUGGAUGGAAGAUGGGUCCAUUUCGAUGCUGUAAAUGGAAUGAUAGAUGCUGAACAAUCGAUAGAAGCUGCUGCUGAUGCUUGCAAAGCCUCUCUGAGAUACGUUGUCGCCUUUGCUGGUGGUGGAGCCAAAGAUGUAACCCGCAGGUACUGUACAAAGUGGCACAAGAUUGCAUCAAAACGGGUUAGUCCACAAUGGUGGGAUUUGGUAUUAGCUCCGUUACGGCAAUUAGAGUCUGCUGCAACUGGAGGUUCGGUUAAUAUGGAGAAAGAACCACUAGAUGCCAAUGAUCCAAUUCCUGUUACUAACAAAGCUUCUACGAGUAGCUCUUCCAUUGGCAUAAGGAGUGCCCUUGAAGAUAUGGAGUUAGCUACCAGGGCAUUAACUGAGCCUCUUCCCACAAAUCAGCAGGCUUAUAAGAAUCAUGAACUCUAUGCUAUUGAGAAAUGGCUUAGGAAGAACCAGAUUCUUCAUCCAAAGGGUCCGAUUCUGGGAUAUUGCUCUGGCCAUCCUGUCUUUCCUCGGACCUGUGUCCAAACUUUGAGGACAAAGGAGAGAUGGCUACGUGAAGGACUACAAGUUAAGCCUGACGAAGUUCCUGAAAAGAUUCUGAGACGUAAUUCAAAACAUAAGAAAGUAGUGAAUUUUGAGGAUGGUGAGAAGGAUGGGGAAGGUGGUUCUCAGUGCAUGGAACUGUAUGGCAAGUGGCAACUGGAACCACUGCGUCUUCCUCACGCUGUUAAUGGAAUUGUGCCGAAGAAUGAACGUGGUCAAGUGGAUGUGUGGUCGGAGAAGUGUCUGCCGCCGGGGACAGUGCACAUAAGGCUUCCACGAAUAUUUUUGGUGGCUAAGCGACUCGGAGUCGACUAUGCGCCUGCCAUGGUUGGUUUUGACUACAAGAAUGGACGUCCUACUCCCGUUUUCGACGGUAUUGUUGUCUGUACCGAGUUCAAGGACGCAAUCCUCCAGGCAUUUGGGGAAGAAGAGGAACGGAGAGAAGCCGAAGAGAAAAGGCGAAAUGAAGCACGAGCAGCUACCAGAUGGUAUCAGCUUCUCUCGUCGAUUUUAACCCGCGAAAAGCUGAAAACCCGUUACCUCGACAGUAACCAACCUGAUGGUAUUCAAGCGAGCAGCGCUGGACCGAAAGCAGAGACCGUCGUUGAAUCCCCCGGAAGCAGCCGGAGAGGAUCUAAGCGGCCACGGCCAGGCCUACGACGAGGCGAAACAUCAAAAGGUGAUGAUUAUAAUGAUAAUUCACGUAGGGUUAAGGGAUUGGUUGGUGAAUCGGAAGGCCAUGAACAUGUGUUUCUUGUGGAGGAAGAAACCUUCGACGAGGGAAGCUUGUUGAAGACGAAACGUUGCAGGUGUGGCUUCGCCGUUCAAGUUGAACAGAUGUAGUUUCUCCGCCGUUGUUCAGUGGCAAUCUUGUAAUUUAAUGGAGUUUUUUCCGGCUCUGCGCCUUGUGCCAAUUCUGUAAGUAAGCUGUCGCUGUCGGGUAUAGAUCCACCAAGGCCCGAUAAAGGCCCAUGAUGAAUUUUUUAUGGGCUCGGAGUUCUACCAUUGGUGCGGCCCAAUGUGUAUUUGACGAUUGACAAUUUAAUGUCGGAAAGCAUUUAGAAUUAUUUUUA